AUGUAUACAAAUUAUAUUCUAUUUCUAAUAAAUAUUCAUAUCUUAUAUGCCAAUGAUACAUCAUUAACUCACCUGUAUGGAAGUGGUACUGAUUUUAUUCCAGCUAAUCCAAUUGAAUUACGUGGUAUUUAUUCACCAGUUGCUUCUACUUAUCGUUGUCUUCUAUUAUGCCAUCAAGAUCCCCAAUGUCGUACAUUUGUCUUUGAUUUAUCUAUUUGUCAACUUUAUGAAGGCUCUUCGAAUACUGGUUUGAUCGUUAAUUCAUUUUCUACUAGUCGUAUCGUUGGCGAACUAAUUUAUGACAACAUUAAUCUAGCAUUAACUUACAAUCAAUCUUGUAAUCAUUGCUAUCCAGAUCGAUAUCUUGUAUGCAGAAAUAAUAUAUGUCAAUGCCCUAUGAACACUUUUUUUGAUGGUAAAAGUAAAUGUGUCAAUCAAUUGUUUGUCGAUUCAACAUUAGCAUGUCAGUAUGAUAAUUGGUGUCGUCAAGAUAUGAAUCUUACUUGUCAUUAUGGUAAAUGUCAAUGUCCAGUGACGACUUAUUGGAGUAAUAAAACCUGUGCACCACAAUUAUUAGCUGGAGCACCUUGCAAUACAAGUGACCAGUGUCGCAAUGAUCUCAAUCUAGUAUGUUCAAGAAUCAACAUGACCUGUAUAUCGAUGUCGAUUGUGAAAAUGAGUGUUAUUAAUGGAACUCUACCUGGUAACUUCUCACAACUUGGGAUCCAACUCAACGUUACUGGUGGUGAAUGGUUUUGUGCUUUCGAUAAUAAUAUUUACACCUUUUGGAAUUCAAAUAGUUACAAUGUAUCAGAUUAUAUGCUUAUCACAUUCAAUGAUACAUAUUUACUACAUUCUUUACAAUUAACAGUAUUCGGUGAUGGGACACAUGAUCCAAAAGCAAUUGAUGUCUACUUAGAUAAAGAAGCGACAUAUUUGGUUCAAUCAUUCGCGUAUCCAUUGAUUACAAAUCAAAGUUAUCUCACUUUUGCACCAAGUCAAUUCAAUAAUACAAUCAAACCGUUAGUAGCUAAAGAACUCAUGAUCAAUUUCGAACGAUUCACUAUCAAUCAAGUCUGGCUAUUUGAACUGUCAUUCUUUGGAAGUUUAUAUUAA